AUGGCCGACAAAGAUUCUUACAUCCAUCUUGCUCGACCGCUUCCUGUCGUUAGCGUUCCGCCAGCUCAGGCCACCACCUCGCCGUUAAGUGUUGUUAUUAGUGCCCAGGCUCUCUUCUCCAUCUUAGAUCAUUCGUUAAGGAGGAAUACUGACCAGGAGAGAGUUAUUGGAACGCUUUUGGGUGUGAGGAACGAAGAUGGAGCUGAGGUUGAGAUCAGAAAUUGUUUUGCUGUUGGUCACAACGAGAGCCAAGAACAGGUCGAGGUAGAUAUGGACUACCACAAGACUAUGUUAGGGCUCCACCUGAAGGCGAAUCCCAAGGAGGUUCUUAUUGGAUGGUAUGCUACCUCACCAGAGCUCAACACCUUCAGCGCUCUUAUCCAGAACUUUUAUGCCUCCAAUGGCGAUGGCACCUUCCCCCACCCUGCCGUUCAUCUUACUAUGUCUACCGCCCCCGGACAGGAUAUUUCUAUUAGGACUUAUAUAUCGUCCGCUGUCGGUGUUCACCCGGAUCGUCUUGCCGACAGCUGUUUAUUUGUUCCGGUUCCGUACGAAAUUAAGUAUGCUGAUGCUGAAAGGAGCGGAUUGGAGUUGAUAUCAAGUGCAAAGAACAGCGAAAAUCGAAGUGCCGAGGUGACUACGGAUAUUCAUGCACUCGAGAAGGCACUCGAAGAGGUUCUAGAAAUGCUGGAUCGAGUUAGUGAAUAUGUGGCUAGAGUCGUCGCCGGAAAUACCCAGGCCUCUGUUGCUAUUGGGAAGUUCUUGAUGAACACGCUUAGUUUGGCACCUAAAGUCUCACCCGCAGACGUCGAGAGAAUGUUCAAUACCCACAUUCAAGAUGUCCUCCUUGUGGCAUACUUGGCAAAUACUAUCAGGACCCAGAUCGAUUUAUCAAACAGGUUGGCGAGCGCUAACCUCGGAACCGCUACCCCUACUCCAGCUGCGGCUGCUACAAACCCUACUGCCACGGGCACCACUACUACAGCUGGCGGAAAAUAGUAAAUAAAUUAAUAUCCAAAUGUGUUUCUUUACCGUGAGAAAAGGGAGAUAUCUUCCUCUCGUUUGUAGGGUCAUACAGUUUCUUGGGUUCACUCCCUUUCUGUUUCCACCCAUCUCUGAAAAUGGGGGGUUGGAUGGCGGGGGAGGACGGCUGGUUGGUACUGGGGAACAUGGGAGAGGGGUAAUUUCUGUUUUUGUAUGUAUACACUGGUGCUGGCUUUAGCAUUUGCUUGGUGGUUUAUGGGCUUCAUGUCAAUUUUCAAAUUAUUAUUCUAGUGGGA